AUUCAACCUCCUUCAGUUUCCUCCGCGAAUUUUCUCUAUCUCCAAACACCAUCUUUACGAGAAAGAAGAAAGAAAAAUGGCUGAUCAGCUUACCGACGAACAGAUAUCUGAAUUCAAAGAGGCCUUUAGCCUAUUUGACAAGGACGGCGAUGGGUGCAUUACUACUAAGGAGCUGGGAACUGUAAUGCGAUCACUUGGCCAGAACCCUACUGAGGCAGAACUGCAAGAUAUGAUUAAUGAAGUUGAUGCCGAUGGGAAUGGGACCAUCGAUUUUCCUGAAUUCCUUAACCUGAUGGCAAGGAAGAUGAAGGAUACUGAUUCAGAAGAGGAACUCAAAGAGGCGUUCAGGGUGUUUGACAAGGACCAGAAUGGUUUCAUAUCCGCUGCGGAGCUUCGUCAUGUCAUGACAAAUCUUGGUGAGAAGCUUACAGAUGAGGAAGUUGAUGAGAUGAUCCGUGAAGCCGAUGUCGAUGGUGAUGGACAGAUAAACUAUGAGGAGUUCGUCAAAGUCAUGAUGGCCAAGUAAGAGUCUCCAUCUAACCAUAAUCGAGAUCUGAAACUGGUGAAGAUUGAAAAGAACAGGGCAGAUCAAUUUGCUAAGAUUUAUAUUUUUUCAGUAGGAUAUCUAUGUUUUUAUUGUACUAGUUUUUGGUUGUGGAUUUCGUGUUUACAUUUGCCCUGUUUUGUUCUUUAGUAUUAACCAUUUACAUUUGGUGUUCUUCCGAC